AUGAAGUUCUUCAUCGAGGACCUCCCGGUCCUCUUCCCGUAUCCCAGGAUCUACCCGGAGCAAUAUGCAUACAUGUGCGAUCUCAAGCGCACGCUGGACAGCGGAGGUCACUGCGUACUGGAGAUGCCUUCGGGAACAGGAAAGACCGUAUCUCUGCUAUCGCUCAUCGUGGCGUACCAGCAGUUCUACCCAGAACAUCGAAAGCUCAUCUACUGCUCUCGUACGAUGUCCGAGAUUGAAAAGGCUUUGGCGGAAUUGAAGGCUUUGAUGAAGUAUCGGGCAGACCAGCUGGGCGAGGUGGAGGACUUCAGAGGUCUUGGUCUCACAAGUCGAAAGAAUCUCUGUUUACAUCCGUCGGUGAAGCGUGAGAAGAGUGGCUCAGUGGUGGACUCCAGAUGUCGAAGUCUGACGGCUGGAUUCGUGAAGGAGAAGAAGGAGCGGGGAGAGGAUGUUGACCUUUGCAUUUAUCACGACAACCUGGAUCUGCUGGAGCCGCACAAUCUCAUCCCGCCUGGCGUUUGGACACUCGACGGGAUGCUUCGAUACGGCGAACAGCAGAAGCAAUGCCCAUACUUCACAGCAAGACGAAUGAUGCCGUUCUGCAAUGUGAUCAUCUACUCCUACCACUAUCUACUGGAUCCCAAGAUCGCCGAGAGAGUAUCGAAAGAGUUGUCAAAAGAUUGCAUCGUGGUUUUUGACGAAGCUCACAACAUCGACAACGUUUGUAUUGAAUCUCUGAGCAUUGACUUGACAGAGGACUCGUUGAGGAAGGCCGCUCGAGGAGCCAGCAACUUGGAGCGGAAAAUUACCGAGAUGAAGGAUACUGAUGCUGAAAAGCUUCAGAACGAAUAUGCAAAGCUGGUGGAGGGUCUGCGAGAAGCAGAUGAGGCCCGAGACGAAGGUGCCUUCAUGUCAAAUCCGGCGCUCCCAGAUGAUCUGCUCAAAGAAGCCAUUCCCGGCAAUAUUCGACGAGCGGAGCACUUCACUGCAUUCUUGAAACGCUUCAUCGAGUACCUCAAGACGCGCAUGAAAGUUCUGCAUGUCAUCUCCGAGACACCUCCUUCCUUCUUACAGCAUCUGAAGGAACUCACAUUCAUCGAGAAGAAGCCUCUACGCUUCUGUGCCGAACGACUCACCUCACUUGUGCGCACGUUGGAGCUCAGCAAUAUCGAAGACUACCAGCCAUUGCAAGAAGUCGCGACGUUCGCAACUCUUGUCGCCACCUACGACACAGGCUUCCUGCUCAUCCUGGAGCCCUAUGAAUCUGAUACCGCAACCGUCCCGAAUCCCAUUCUCCACUUCACUUGUCUCGAUGCCGCGAUCGCAAUCAAGCCAGUCUUUGACCGCUUCAGCUCGGUCAUCAUCACGUCGGGAACUAUCUCUCCGCUCGAAAUGUAUCCCAAGAUGCUGGGUUUCACCGCAGUGGUGCAAGAAUCAUAUGCAAUGACACUCGCCAGACGCUCUUUCUUACCCAUGAUCGUUACGAGAGGUUCAGAUCAGGGUCAAAUGUCCUCCGGCUUCCAAACUCGAAGCGAUCCCGGCAACAUUCGCAACUACGGCGCUUUGAUCAUUGAGUUCUCGAAGCUGACGCCCGAUGGCAUCGUGGUCUUCUUCCCUUCAUAUCUGUACAUGGAGAGUGUCAUCUCAAUGUGGCAGGGAAUGGGAAUCCUCGACCAAGUCUGGAAAAGCAAAUUGAUCCUGGUCGAGACACCAGAUAGUCAGGAAACCUCUCUUGCGCUCGAAACGUACCGAACAGCCUGCAGCAACGGCAGAGGCGCAGUGCUACUCUGUGUCGCCCGUGGCAAAGUCUCUGAAGGCAUCGAUUUCGACCACCACUACGGUCGAACCGUGCUAUGUAUUGGCGUACCCUUCCAAUACACCGAGUCCAGGAUUCUUAAAGCUCGUCUUGAGUUCUUACGAGAGACCUACCGCAUCAGAGAGAACGACUUCCUAUCCUUCGACGCCAUGCGACACUGCGCCCAAUGUCUGGGUCGUGUCCUGCGCGGUAAGGACGACUACGGAGUCAUGGUGAUGGCGGACAAGCGAUUCGCCAAGAAGCGCACGCAGCUCCCGAAGUGGAUCGGCAGCGCGAUGAUGGAAAGCGACGCAAAUAUGUCGGUCGACCAGGCCGUUGCUGCGGCGAAGAAGUUCUUGAAGAACAUGAGUAAGCCGUUCCCCGCGAAAUUGCAGGAUGGCAUCAGUACGUGGAGCUACGAGGACUUGAUGGAGCACCAGAGUAAACAGCAUGCGCAGGAGAAGCUGCAGGAGCUGAAUGGCGGCGCCGAUAUUGAUGGGUAUGCAGGCGACCAAGUCAUGGCUGACGCUCAGCGCAACGGUGAUGAUGAUGAGUUCGACAUGGGCGAAGACCCUGACAUGAGUGCUGCGAUGAUGGAGUUGGAUGCUUGA